AUGACAUACCCUUACCAACGCUCUGCGGGCGCCUCUCCCCUUCCCUCCUUCAACCAGAACUACACACCAAGUUCGCCAAGUAUAUCCAGUCGCGUGUGGCAGUUUGUUCCUCAAAUUGCAAAACAAUGGCUUUCGGAGGGAUCUCUUAGCCGUGGAAUCGGUAGACACCGAGGCAGUGAGGGGAUCAAGAUCACCGCAGUGCGAGCUCUGAAAUCCAUCUUGUCGAUACCUACUGCCGUCAUCUUACUGUGGAUUUACUCUAUAUGGUGGGGCGAACGAAGAGUAUUUGAGGAUCACAUCAACCGAUGCCUUUGGAAUAGUUGGGAAGAAUGGCCCCAAGAUGCAACACCGCACCACAUUGCCUUCAUCUCGGACCCCCAGCUCGUCGAUCCCCACACCUACCCUGGUCGGCCAUGGCCUCUGUCAACAUUGACUGUUAAAUACACAGACCAAUAUAUGCGCCGAUCAUUCUCCUUAAUCCAAGAUCACCUCGAGCCGGACUCGGUGCUGUUCCUUGGUGAUCUUUUCGACGGUGGCAGAGAGUGGGCUACCGGUACCACCACCAGCCCUGAAGCCCGGUAUAAGAAUAUCAAAGACAAUUUCUGGAAGAAGGAAUACCGCCGAUUCAUGAAGAUCUUCCUAGAUCCUUGGGAGAAAAGCAGUCCCGCACCGGUGGACGGACGAGGCCGCAAGUUGCUUGCGAGCUUACCUGGAAACCAUGAUCUCGGAUUCGGAAAUGGGAUCCAAGAGCCUGUUCGUGAUCGAUUCCAGACCUACUUCGGACACAGCAACCGAGUAGAUGUGAUUGGAAAUCAUACAUUCGUUUCGGUGGACACUGUCUCGCUGAGCGCAAUGGACCAGCCUGAUCCUUUGACAGGCAGCUCGCCGACAGCCGCAAGCGAUGAUACCUGGCCGGCUCGCCCGAUUUGGAAAGAUGCCGAUGAUUUCUUGGACAAGAUGGCUAUGCACAAAGCCAAGGCGGAGACAGAGGAACUUCGAAUGCUGCAAAACCAAAGCGAGGGCCAUCUGUUUGAUUACCGUGUGGUCGACGCUGUUGACCCGGCAAUGCACCACAAGCCCGAGCCGACGAGCCCUGGAUUCCCCACGAUCAUCCUUACACAUGUGCCUCUCUACCGCAAGCCUGCAACUCCUUGUGGGCCUCUACGCGAGCGCUAUCCGCCAGCUUCGGACGAGGAGCUGGAAGAGGAUGAGCCUAAUGCUUUGAAGAUUUCAGGUGGCUACCAGUACCAGAACGUUCUCACACAGACCGUGUCCAACGAAUUGGUGUCUAAGUCAGGACCCAAUGUAGUCCAGGUCUACUCCGGCGAUGACCACGACUACUGUGAAGUCUCACACCGGGAAUUCAAUGGUUCUCCGAACGAGAUCACUGUCAAAAGUAUCUCCUGGGCAAUGGGAGUCCGACACCCAGGCUUCGUGUUGACCAGUCUGUGGAACCCAAUUGACCCCAAGACGGGCAAGCCCAUCAAAGACGUAUCGCCCACCAUCCAAAACCACCUCUGCCUCCUCCCAGACCAACUGGGCAUCUUCAUUCACUACCUCACCAUUCUCGGUUUCAGCGUCACCAUCCUCUUCAUCCGUGCCCUCUACCGGGCAUUCUCCUCGCCGGAGCCAUCAUCAACCGGUGCACUCCUCCCACUCUCUGAACGCCGCCCACAGCAUCACUCCCAAACCUCCGGCGCAUCUAGUUCUACUUUGUCAGCGGGUGGCCUAGCCAGCCGCGGCGGAAUGACAGCGUCUCGCUAUCCUGGGACCAAGUCACCUGAUUCCUACCGGGGUAUUGACGAGGACAUCAUGUCCUCGAAAAACAAGACUUCAUGGCGGCCCGCGUCAGCCACUGGGCCCCGCUCUAGUGCCUCUCUGGUUGUGCAUGACCUGUACCACUCUACCAAGACUGUGGCGCAGGUAGUGUUGUUAGCGUAUUUCAUCCUGAUCUGGCGCUGGUAG